GCAGAGCAUCCCAGCCAAUCCAAGAGAAGGAGCAGCGAGCGUGGCGUAAAAGCCGCCCGCUGAACGCUGCGUCCUGGGUGCGGGUUGAAACCGGAGGCGGUGAUUGUUGUUGAGCAGAUGAAGUUUCUGUUGGUGCAGCUGCUCUGAGCAGGUGGACGCAGCAAACGCAGUUCCGGUCCAGAGAUCGAGACCUGCAGGAUGUCAGCAUCACCUCAGGUGCCCUCGCAAAGACUCGUAUCCAGGAGUGCUGCAGCAGAAAGAGACGUUUCUUUUGUUUCGCGGGUUCUGGACGGAUUCUUGUUUUGCAGGGACUGAUCAAAGCAGCUCCUGGGUUUACUCGUUAGAAGGAGCAGGUGGAGGAGCACAGUGAUGGAGGAAAAGAAUCCCCAGGACCCCGGGGGCCCACAGAACUUCCGCCAGGAGUCGAGCCGCGGCGUGUGGCCCCUGCUGCAGCCGCCGGGUCACCAGCACCAGCCCACCAACUUCUACAUCGACAACAUCCUGAGGCCGGACUUCGGCCUGCGGGGGAAGCGCGGAAAGGAGGCCCCGGAGGCCCCGGAGCGCUGCACCGGGAGGAGGGCCCCCAAACCGGGGAGCCCAGGGGCCGCAGGGCCGAGAGGGAAACAGAGCGGGGACCUGGACCGAGGCUCACACCUAAAACCCGGGGACGACGAGGUGAAGGUCAGGGCCCACGAGCAAGGCACCGAGACCAACGCAGCCAAGCCGAUGCUGUGGCCGGCGUGGGUUUAUUGUACCCGUUAUUCGGACCGACCCUCAGCAGGGCCCAGAUCCCGCAAACCAAAGACAGCCGCCGCUCCGUGCAAAGAGGACAAGCGGCCCCGCACCGCCUUCACCUCGGAGCAGCUGCAGCGGCUGAAGGAGGAGUUCCAGCGCAACCGGUACCUCACGGAGCAGCGGAGGCAGAGUCUGGCCCGGGACCUCGGCCUCAAAGAGUCCCAGAUCAAGAUCUGGUUUCAGAACAAGCGUGCCAAGAUCAAGAAGGCCUCCGGCGGGAAGAACUCCCUGGCGCUCCACCUGAUGGCGCAGGGACUCUACAACCACUCCACGACCAAGGACGGCAAGUCUGACAGCGACUAGGAACUCGAACCCACGACGAAAACCCCAUGCAAUAAAGCGCGAUUUAAAGUUUCAAUACCGCAACAACCGCAUAUUUCUAUGUGCGGGCCUCUGUUGGGGGGGCUGGGUGGUGUCCUGUGUUCAAAUCAAGCGAGCUCACGCGCUCCGGCUGACGAAGCGCGCGUGACAGCACGGACAGUGGAGGGCUCUGAGAGCACGCGCUCUUUGAUGACCUGUGUCACGUGACUCUACGGCCUCUGUGGGCCUCUGAUUGGACACAACCGAGAGAGGCGAGUCGGUUGGCACGCUCCCGAACCCAACCCCAGGUAGUCCAAACCCGCAGGUGAGCGCACGUGAAGGGGCGCAUGCGCCCAGCAGAGCACUUCACAUACAAAAAAACAGUUUGUGACCUCCCUGCUCAGGCCUCCCGCGCCCUGUCUCCCGGGGAGAGAAUACCGUAAAGGGUAGAGAACACCGCAAUGGUGCGAACGUGUGAACAAAUGCGGGAAAAGGGACAUGAAAAACGCGCACAGAAGUGCUUUAAAUGUAGAGGUCGUUCUACCCCAUGAACUGAAGAUCAGUUUGUAGUUCUCGAAACAAGAAGACUUUUUUUUUUAUUAAUAAUAUUAUUCUUUUUCUCUGCGCUGCCUUUAUCUGAGCCUUAAAGGAACCACGGGCUCCUUCACAAUAAAAACAGAAAGAUUUUGCGCUUUCAUCUUCAUGACUGGAAGAAACAAACCCAAAGAGAUUUUCCAUUUUUUAUUUACAAAGCUUCACUUUCUUAUUUCCCAGCUAUAUUCUAUACUUGAAAAUGAAAUUCUGUCUUUGCUGGCUCUUACUUUAACCAGACAGGAACCGGAUGGUGCUUUCAAAUGAAGAUUUUUAUUAUUAUUAUUUUUUUUUUUUAUCAAUGUGAGUCUAAAGGAUUCAGCCUUAAAAUGUCACAAAGUCUGUGGUCGUUUCCUGUUUUUUGCUGUGUGCCGCUUUUUCAUGAAGUGGAUUUCAAUAACAAAGCAUCUGCGACCUCCAGGACUUUUCUGUCUGUCAUAUUUAGACUCAACGGUUUUGUUUUGGAGCUAAACGUUUCAUGAUAAAAAAAAAACAUGAAUCCCCACGUUAAAUUUAGACAAAAGAAAAAGUAGAAAAAGGAAGGAAAUAUAAAGGAUAUAUUAUCGUUUCCAAUUCAUCAUUGUUUAUGCUUUUCUGUCUACGAGUAUCCUAAAUGUUUUUUAACGUCAGCAAAAAACGUGUUUUGUAUUAAAAGUAACUUUUUGUUUUAUUUUUAUUUUAUUUACCAGAAGUUAGAACAGUUUUUGUUCUAGUUCCAAAGCUUUUCAUGCCAAAUUAUCCAUUAAACAGAUUUUAUUUCUCCACAUCUGUGGAUAAGUGUCUCAUUUUCUGCAAAAACACGUUUCUUUGGGGUUUUUUAGCAGUAAAGUUACCUAUUAUUUAUUGUUUAAAAAAAAGAUUAUUUGUUAAUAUCUGAAGGAUAACGUCAAUCCUGCCAAAGUAAACAACCUUCUGGAAAAAAGAGACAAUUUAAAUGAACAGAAUCAGCGCGUAAUCUCUUAAGAGUCUCUGUAAUCCGUUCAUCUAGUAAAUUAAAAUCAGACCUGAUUAGACACAUUGUAUGUCUGCUCUUUGCAUCCGUGCAAUUAGUUUGGUCGGGUCGUAAAACCAAACGCAAAAACGCAGUUUGCGCGUUUUUGCGUUUGGUUUCACGCUGCCUCCGCGACACAACAGAGCGUGCAGCUUCUGCAACUUGAUGUUGACUAAGUGAUCGGGAAAAGAUAAUCGGAAGUAAAUCUGUGUGAAGCCUCGUUCCAUAGAAAGCAGCCACCUCGGCCCUAAAAUCGGGAGGCGCACGAAAAGUUGAAGUAUAUGGUCAUGGGGCCUCAUUGAUCUCCUCAUACUUCUGAUUGUUCCGCAGUUGAAUCCAGACAGACAGAAGCACGUUCGUGUUCAACACCUUUUACUCCGUGGCUUCUUAUUUAGGCGCAAAUUAAGGAAACUUUCAGCCAAUUAUCGCAUUCCAAGUUGGCCCAAACAAUUUUUAAUGUCAAAUAAAAUAAAUAUAAAAGGUUAAAAAAAUGAUAAUCAUAAUUAAAAAAAUAAUGAUAAUAAAGUUGAUGUCAAAACUUUUUGUGUGUGUGUGUGUGAGGGGUUGAAUUCCCAUAAAUGUAUGCGCUCAAAACCAAGAAAAAACACAAAACCUAUGGACGGAGAUUUUACCAAAAACGUGUAAAGUAAAACGAGAACACACACACACAAACAGGUAAAUAACAGAAUUAAAAAUCUAUCCCAAAUUUUUGAUGUUUUUAAAUACAUAAAAUUCUUUGUUUGUGUUUUAGAGACUUAAGAAUUCAUGUUGCAAGGGUCAUUGAACGCACCACAGUGUUCCUGGCAUUUUUUAAUCACUUCCGUUGCCGUGACAACGUAUUUCCAGAUUUACUAUUGGUAGGAAGCCACAAAAUCUGCCUGUCUGUCAGGGGGAAGUGUUUCGCUGCUCAUAUCUGAAAUAUAAAUGCAAGAAAAAGUCAUCAGGAGUCUAAGACGAUAAGACGUUACUUUCUAGAAGAAGAAAAAAACAUUUUAAGUCCCUUUUUUUCCUAAUUCUACGUUAGUUUUUUUCGUGUUUUUAAAAUUAUUUUGUUUCUUUCACCGUAAAAACAAAGAUAUUUUCAAACAAAUACAUUUACAAAAAUAAUGUGCAGAUCUGCUCAGGAAGUGCUUUUAUUCAACCAGAGUAGCAGUGAACCAUCGGUGUCUUUUUUGGAAUGGAUCACAUUUCUUCUUCUAUAUGGUCACAGUGACUGACUUGCUGCUGGAUCCAGAGUGGAAUGUCAUCCCUCAUUAAUGUGGGAGCAGGCUGGUCCCCAGCAUGAAGAGGAGGAGGAGGAGGAGGAGGUGCCAGUGGCUGCUCCAAACAAAUACAUUGUUAAAUUGCCAACAUAUAUAUUUUUAAACUUCAAUCUUCCAAUCCAUCAAGCACCGAACAAGAGUCUGUGCCGGAACGGGCUUUGGUAAAUAACAGUUUUCCUUUUCCAGCUGCAAUCUACUUAUGUGCGUUCCUCACAAAUGUGGCUCCAUAAUAACAAUAAUAAUAAUAAUAAACAAUGACAUGAAAAGUUAUGUCAACGAAUCUGUCAAACAACUGAA